AUGGAAUUUGAUAGAACGCGCAAAAUAUCAAAUGAAAUUGCUACGGCUGAGGAUGCGGUGCCACAAGUUGCAGAACAACCCGCACACGUGGAUACCGCCGUGAAUACCCCAGUGGUGGCUGAUUCAAAUGAUGAUGGAACAUUCGCCCAGGAACUAGAAAUAGAGCAAAUGAGGAGUACAUUGGAAGAGGCGAUUAUGGAUACGCGCAGUACGCCUCUCAAAAAUCGACCGCGACUUCCCCGCAUAGCCCUAAGCAAGCGGAAUCGGGCUGUCGUGAGGGCUCUGAACCCAAUGCUGGUGACCUAUUUGGAAGCCAGCCGGGACCUUUGCGAUACGGACUCAAUUCUUUUUGGCACCGCGCUAGCAGUCUGCCGAAACAUAGGCGCCAAGGUUUCCACGGCUGGACGUGCUACUGGCCAAAGUAGCGCAAAGGCUAGAGCUCUCAUCGGCAGACUGAUAUACUUCAGAUCAAGCAAUAACAGGCCAAGAACUGUGCACACCGUCAGGAUGGCAUUUGCUGGGACAAAUAUCAGUUUGUACCAGCCGGAUAUAAUGCAAAAACUGACGGAGCUUAUAGAUGAUCUGAAUCAGAGAAUCGCUGCUUGGGGAAAGCGGAUUCGGCGAAAUACCGAUAGGUCGACUCGACCAAUGGCAAGUGGAACGCGCCCAGCACCGAAUCAGGCCGACACUGUAACAUUUUGGUGCGGCCUGUGGUCAGAGCCCGUAAACCACAGCGAGGGCUCUUGGACGGAAGUUGUGGCGAGUCAGUGUGUGAGUAUAACGCCCAUGGACCCCGUCAUUAUAACGCCGAAUGACGUAGCUGAGGCGGUCCGUAGGGCCCCGAACAGGAAAAGUCCGGGACUCGACGGGCUGCAUCACUACUGGCUGAAGGAGUUUGGGGUCCUUGGCUCACAGUUUCGUUGUCUAGUUAAAAGUCAGUUUAAUCCAUCAUAUUAUAAUCAAAUGGCGUUAAAACGAAUUAAUAGGGAAUUACAAGACCUGGGCAGAGAUCCACCAGCACAAUGUUCUGCAGGUCCACACGGCGAAGAUCUAUUCCACUGGCAAGCCACAAUAAUGGGUCCUGUCGACAGCCCUUAUCAAGGAGGAGUUUUUUUCUUGACUAUACAUUUCCCUACAGACUACCCAUUCAAACCACCCAAAGUUGCAUUCACAACACGUAUUUAUCACCCUAACAUAAACAGUAAUGGGUCAAUUUGCCUUGACAUUCUCCGUGCACAAUGGUCUCCUGCACUUACCAUAUCUAAAGUGUUGCUCUCAAUCUGCUCAUUGCUAUGUGAUCCAAACCCAGAUGAUCCAUUGGUGCCAGAAAUUGCUAGGAUCUAUAAAACUGACAGAGAAAAGUACAAUGAAUUAGCCCGAGAGUGGACAAGGAAGUAUGCCAUGUGA